AUGAUAAACCCAAAGUCGUAUCCCGCGUGUCUUUGGUCGACCGAAACGACCCAAUUGGCCGCGCCACAAUCCCUGCAAACUCCGUCGAAACACAAAUGUAGUUGUACCGCUCAGCAAGCUCUCGUAACACCAUCAUCUCGCUCUCCAGGUUGUCCUUCCACACCUCCCGCACCAUCGGCUGGGCCUGCACGGGCUGCGGCUGUUUCUGGAUAUGCUGCUGGCUCAGUCUCUGCGCCGCCAAAACCGCCUGCUGUUGUUGGACCUGCUGUAGAAGCUGCUGCUGCUGCUGCUGUUGAAGCGUCGCCGCAAGAACCUGCUGCUGGAUGCUGCGGUUGUGCACCUGUGGCGACAUCAUCGAGCCCACCUUCUGUGGCGCAGCCAUCUGGCCCGGCUCCGCGUUGUUCAGAAACUGCGACAUGA